ACUUAUAAAUUCAUACACUCCAACCCAGGUCCAUGUCCUGAAAUCGUUUGGUACAUUAAAAUGGGUGCGAAACUUCAUUCAAACUCUGGUCAACUUGAAAAUGCAGGCCUCGGUUUGCUUCAAGCAAGGUAUGAAACAGGUUCUGUCCUGGAAAGGUCGGUAUACCAGUUUUUUAACAUGGUUGUAGCUCCACCCAGUGGAAAAGGGGCAGUAGUACCUCUAAUAGACAAUGAUCUAUACUCUUCAGAUUUCGCAUGCGAGUCCAAGUCCAAGGAUUUGGUCAUAAUCACAAUGUCACCCACUGUAGGUGAUGCCACCACAUGACACAACUGUCUGGGUGAAGAAUUGCCACCUUUAGCUCAACCUGUCCAAAAUUGUGUUUUACGUCAUACUGGUCUGUCCUUCCAUACAACCACCGAUAAAUAAGUCAUGUCCACCUGGAAUCUUAGGUAUCAUUAUGGAUGACCAACAAACCAAAAAGGUUCAUGUGACCUUCAUUGCUUGGUUGUGCCCAUUUACCACAACCUCCUAUAACACCAGGAGGAUCAGAUCCUAACAGAACAUGCUUCACAGGCUCUUAUAAGACCACACAUUGACAACUGCAACUCCUUACAGGCAUGCCUCACUGCAUGACCAUUCAUAAUGAUAGUGGUGAAGAUAUCGAGUGUUAUUAGUUGCAGUGUUGAUAAUAUUUAGAAAGCAUCAACCUUAGCAUUGACUCUAGCACAGCAAGACAGCGGAAGUUCUGAUUGGACCUAUUUCUGGCCAGUUUCCGUUGUUGCCUGUAAUACCAACGACACUCAGAGAAAGUCUUGUUAUUCCUUACCACCUCAAGCAAAACGGAGAUGACUACCACAAAGACUUUUCAGGAUGUAAAAAUGUGGGAUAGCACUCCCUUUGUCUCUCCUUUGCCCGGUCCUGAACAUCAAGCUCCAUGUGUUGGACCCUGACUACAGAGAUCACAAACUAAUUAAUAGAUCUGUGCCUCCUUUCCAAGUAAAUCCAUCCCUUUUAUGACAUGAACAGCUGUAACAUCAAACCGUGAGACUUGUGGUUGUUGCAGACAGUUCUCUUAAUCAUGAGGUGUAGGUUCAGACCUCUAGGAGCUCCUCUGUUUCCACCGUCCGUCUCAUCAGUCUGAGUGUCAGUGUGCAAACACUUGAUUAGCUCACUACCAGUCCAUGACACAUCCAGGGCCCUGCUGAUUAGUGUUGAUUUAAGAUGAAGACUCUGUGAACAUGGCACAGUAUGGGGUUAGAAAACACGUAUACACACAAGCUUGUUUUGGAAACUGACUAUAGUAAACAUAUUAUUUUUACAACACCUUAAAGCAGCACAAAAGUGGUGACUUUUUCAAACUUAAUCGGGAUUGUGUUUGCGUCAUUGAAAUCCAUUGAUGAGAAUUAUUCAGAUGAUUUUAUUGAUAUCAUUAGGGCAGGGUUAGGGUUUGUGUUAGCAUGUCUGAAAACAUCUACUAACAAAUCAAUUUAAACAACCACAUUUUCCCCAUGCCAUGACAUGGGUGAGAAAGCUGCAAACCAACAGGACUGUGAAGAGUGUGGCGAUGCUGUAAAAGUCUUAUGGCCACAGGGAUCCACAGGUAAGUAAACAGGAAUACUCAUGAGGUGGUGUUGUCUUAGAGAUGCUAAACAGCCAAAGGGGGAGGCACAGAAACCUGAAACACUGGGACAGAACUCGUGCUUAGAGACAAACAGCAGAAUAACUGCAACACAGGCAGCAGAGAAACAGUAACUUUUGAUGUGAAGAAGCUGGAAAGGUGAAGGAGCAAGGUGGAGGCGAGGAACGGCUAGAAAGCUGAUAGCCUGGAAUCAAGGUGGAGGCAACUGGAUGCUCAAAUGAACAGAGAAAUCCUGGAGGUCUGGCAGGAGGUCAACAACAGGAGUUCUCUCUAAAGUGUGACCAGGAGCAUCAGCCAAACUGCCAGCUGAAAACCAGGGGAAGGUGUCACCAAUGGAGAACCAAGGGCAUUCACCAGCAGGGCCAAACCAGGUUCUUGAUCACAAACAGGCUAAACAGAGGCAGGAUAUGCAACCGCCCAGUCAGGACUUUAAGAGUCGUCGGCUGGGACUCCUGAGCUUUGGCAUGCCAAGUCACUAUCUGGGACACCCAACACUGGACCUUACCAGUUAUCGGCUGGGAAAUGUAACGUUGGAUGUGACGAGCGGUCAGCUGGGACCUCCCACUUUGGACCUGACAAGUCAUCGGCUGGUUGCUCGAACCCUGGAUCUGACAGCAAGUACUACUGAGAAAAAAGGGACCAGUGCUGAUGCUGCUCAGGAACAGGAGAGGAGUGCAGCAACCAAACAAGGACACAAGUAACAGUAUAUUUAAACCUCUGCAGGUGAUCCAGAACGCAGCAGCCACUCUGGUCUCUCCACUGGCUCCCAGUUGCAGCUUGCAUCAAAAUUCCAAUCCCGACUUCGUUUGCCCAACAAAAGCAGCCCCCUACUUUGGGAGUAAUACAUUUUCAUGAACUUGUUAUUACAGUAGCCAGAUGGGUUAGGGCAUUCGACGGUGAAUAAUCUCAGCAUGUGUGACACCUGGCACUGACCUGAACACAACCUGGGCCAUGGAGAUAAGGAGCUGGAGAAUUAGCCUCCUGGUGUAGAACAGCCAAGAGGCUUCAUGGAGUCACACAUCCCAACCUGAAAUGUCACAGGAGAAAAAAAAAGCAGCUUUUAAUUAAAAAAUCAAACUUUAUUUUCUCCUUAAGAAUCGCAAUGGCUUCAGUUUGGAUUCGAUCUCCUGUUAUUCUCAGAAAAAGUGACUUCUUUUAAUUGUGAAAGAAAAUCUUUUUUUCCCCCGUUGAUUGACAGGACUGCAUGACAGAUUUGCACAAACCCACAGACGUUUCCCUAAUCACUCUGAAAUCCUUGUCCUUCUGUUUCAGCGACGGCAGAGGAAAAUCCUGUCAGUCACUGGCAGCCAUAUUGAUUUUUCCUUUGGCUGCACAAAAGCUACAAUCACUGCUGAUGUCACUUUGUGUUUCUUCAAUGGUCUGUAUUUAUCUGCCAUUUAUUUUGUCUAUUUUGCUUUUUGAUUAAACUGCCAUUCUUUGUCUUUUUCAACCACUUUGUGUCCAAGAUUUAGAUGGGGAGUUUCACUGACAAUGCAGAGGCUGAAUAGGUGUACGAUUAAACGAGGUGUGUGUUGGUUGCAUUGUAUGUAGGCCUCAGAUUGAACUGUUCAACUGUUUCUUACAUUAGACUCUGCCUCAUUUUCUUACGGUACCAUCAGCCUCACAAUGACUCAUCUGACCAAAGCUUCACCUCAGCUUUACCGCCAGCUCCUUCUAAGCCUCCCCACAUAAAGCGGUUGUGUCCCCGAGCAGCUGCUGUGUUUGAACACACUGCGACGAGAGAAUAUCAGGCUGUCACUGAAGUCAAGGCAGACCUGCGCCUCGAUAGAGGAUGGUGUCUUCGAAAUGUGGGGGAAAAUAAAAGAUCACAUGGCGCUGCUUUCGACGAGAAUAUAUCCCUGAAUCGAAAGCUCGCUGUUGCAGUUCAGCUUCUUAAACAGAGUGGAAACAGAGAGAGACGUUCCCUCAUGUCUGCUCAUCGCUGUGCCAAAUUCUCUUGCUGCUUGCCGGUUGAUAUCAUCCGACAAGCAGCCUUGCAGAUUGCUUCCAAAAAGAAGUUUUACAGCCUGUUAUAUCACAGAUCACAAGGAUGAAGCUCAGGUCAGGUUGGUUAAUUUGUGCAUUUUUCUAUUUGCUUGUCUUCCGUGCACAAGUUAUAAAUAGAAACAACUCACUAAUCUGUCAAUCAAUGAACGUCUCCUUCCUUGUAAGCAACAGGGAGUUGAAAUCACUCACACUUAUGCAUAGGCAGAUUAGUGUGGAUUUGUUUGGGGUCUUUAAGAUACACAUUAAGCCUGUUUAGUUUGCCCAGGAGUGAAUAAAAUCUUAAAAAGGACUGAGACUCAGGAGGACUGACUGUCUGCAGGCUGCGGCUGAAUGGGACAUUUGGACCCGUUGUGUUUCAGUCGCAGAGCCUGGCUUUGUAAUUAUCUCUGUGGCAUUGACUUCAAUAGAGGAGAAGAGAUAAAUUUGACCAUUUGGAAAUAGAGGCAUCAUGAUGCAUAUCAAUCAAAUGUUUUCCAAUUCAGAGUUUUUCUUGUGGACAAACCAUGAAAGGAAAAAAAUAGCUCUGAGUACAAACACCAUUUCCUCUAAGUGCUUUAAAUCUGCAUAAAUGUUGCAUUUUCAGUAUGAAAAGAAAAGCGCUCUCAAGAUGAUGGCAGCAUAUCCUCUGCAGUAUAAUGAUACUGAAAGAUGAUGCCUGGAAUAACAGCAAAGAAAAUGGGAUAUUAUCAUUAUUUCCCACGAACCCUGGAUUUUACAAAGCCCUCCAUCAAACCUAAUGGGUGCUUUGAGCAUCUUAACACUGUUGUCUUUUCUUUCUCCAUAGCAGUGCUUUGCAAAAAUAAUGAAGAACCAUAUUUUCACUUCUUUCUUUCAACCAAAAUAUGCAAAAAGGCAAAUUUUUGAUCUUUGGAAACUUCAUGCUAACAAUGUAAUAUUAGGCUCAGGUGUCCCAAGUCCACCCAUAAGUGCCUUAACAUAUACAGUGCACCUUUUAACCUCAAUGAGACAAGUAAUGACUCAAUUAGUAAUUGCAAUUCUUCAGAUGAUUGGAAGUGCAGUUUGUUGAGACUUGAUACAUUUUGGUCUUGAUUCUGAACUUAACCUUGGACUUGGUCCCAACUUGGGACUUCUCAGGCUGGGCCCGCUUAAACCCCACCCUUGUUAAUCCUUAUUUGUUGUAGACUUUGAACUUGUUGGACUUUUCUUGCUGUAGAUUUUAGGACUUGUGGUUUUGGCUUGACUCUAUACCUCCUACAGUUAACCCUUGUCUUGAUACUAUUGAUCUUAAAAUAAUGCAAAGGUUACAAGUCUUUAUAAAGUAUCUCAAGAACUUCAGUGAGUCAUGUUGAUUCUGACUUGGGACUUGUUGAUUUAGGCUUUAAUCUGGAGACCUCACACUUGACCUGACCUGGGCCAAGGACUUGACAAUCAUGCAAUUGACAGAUAUGUCAGGACAUGGUAUCAAUGGUUAACCAGUCUUGACUCGUUGAGCUGUCGGUUGUGAGUGCAACCCCCCUUUUUAGGACUUGUUGGAACCGACAAUGGUCUACUUUAAGACUGAUGUACAAUUUUCUUUAAGGAGGCUUAGUCCGGCAACAGCGCCCCCUAAAACAUAAGCCAGGGGGCGGGUGACACUGCUUAUGUCCUGCGGGAUGCUAGAUGGUCUUUACUUUUUUUCUUGUUUGAUUUGUUAUACAAUUGUUAACUGGAUCGAUGAUUUAAUAAUUUUGAUUUAUCAUUGGCCUGACCUGGAACCAGGAUUCAGAAAGAUUUCAGUAGGUACCUGGUCUGGCCUUGUUUAUCUUAACUUGAGACUUCUUGAUCUUAGCCUAAAACUGAACCUGUUAGCCUUUGACUAGCACCUGACAUGGGACCUUGUCUUAAAAGAGAAUGGUUUAAAGUUGGAAACCAAUCCUUCGACUCACAUAUGCAGAGCUAGAUAUUUAUGCAUAACUCUUACUCUUCUUUCUGCUCCUCAGUGUAAUUUUAAAACCCUCAGGAGUCUCUUGAGUGUCUCUAAAUUGGUCUUUAACCAAACAAAGAGAGAAAUAAAAGCCAGAUAAAAGCCUCUGUCUUAAAUUGUGCCAAUUGAUGCAGCAAGACAAUAAAACAUGUCAAAUGAGUCGGUUUUACUUGUGUUUGCCUUGAAUCACAAUGACAGACUAAGCAGGAAGUAAUUUAUUCUCUCAUAGCUUUAGCUUGUUUGUAUUGUCCUGAUGGUCCUGUAAUGAGUCCGUGGUGUCACCUAAGGAAUCAGCAACUCUGUGAAGAGCUGACCCUAGACUAAUCAGAGUGUCUGUCUGAAUAAACUCGUCACGUGUGUGUGUGUGUGUGUGUGUGUGUAUGUGUGUGUAUGUGUGUGUGUGUGUAUGUGUGUGUGUGUGUGUGCGUAACUCUUACCACAAGUGGUUAUCAGAGACCAUACAUCAGGGAGGGUCUGGUGUUCCCGUCAGCAGUAUGUUGAUGUGAUCUCCUCAGCACUGACACAGCAGGAACAGACAGCCUGUACCCAUCACUCAUUAUGUCAAUCAGUUUUGAUAAGCGGACAUGAUCUAAUUAUAUGCCAGGCCAUUACAGAGGAAUGUUCCCCCAGAGAAUUAAAGCAUAGGAGAUCACCCACAGAUUUACUGAAGAGAUGGUCAGCUUCAGAUCUUGACUGCCGGGCAUUGUUGGCCUUCUUUUGGCCCACUUAGAAAGGUCCUGAUGAGUGUAACAUUGUAAUUAUAAGAAAGGUUCUUCUUUGGGAAUUUGGAUUUACAUUAUCAAACAUACCGUAAAUUAAAGGUAUAAGUAAUUUGUGAUCUUUUACAGUGAUUAGUUAUGGCUAAAAAGGUGAGCCAAGUUUCUCUAUAUGGCCUCAAGCCUGAGAUUUUCAUUAGCUUUCAGGUGUGACGGAUUUCAUGUUUUUUUUCCUACGAAAAUGUGGCUCCAAUAAUACCUGAGCUAGCUUUUAUAAUGUGAUUACAGUUCAUGAGAUACAUGGUGCUGUAAUAGGCGGAAAAUGGGUCAGGGGAAAAUAAGGAAGUGUGGGAUGUGAUCCCCCCAUGUGUAUUUUCUCUAUUUUGAAGAACAUCAGGUGUCUUCCAAGGGUGAUGCUGUGAACUCAGACAAUGUGAGACUUUUUUUAAACCAUAGAAAAUAACAGCUGCACCCUGCAUUUAUAGUUAUGGGCUUACUUUCAUCGUGAGCCUGUGCUGUGUGAAUUCACUCAUUAAAGCAGAAAAGCAGCUUUAAAGUUGUUUUCAGGCCAAAGUAAGACUAAGUGAUUAUAUCAUUUCUUUCACUGUGUGUAAGAGACUAAGUGAUGAUCAGGCUGUGCUGAAACCUUCAUUUGUGUUGCAUUAAAGUUUGUUAGCGCAGCAUCCUCAGAAACAGUCAAAUAGGCUUUUAAGUUUCAUAUCAUUGUUGUCAGUGGUUAUCACCUUAAGGGCACAUUAAAGCCACCGUUAUAGACUGACGGAAGUCUUUGGAGUGAUCCAAAUCAAAAACAGGCUCUUAAACGACUCUUUAUGGUACCAAUUUGACCUAAAGACCUGACUCUUGAGGUUAGGUUAUUGACACAUGGGCUACCCUCACAUAUGUACCUCUCUUCAGCACAAUUUGAAGCCAGAGAAAUGAGGGGUCUUCAUGGGGAAAGGAGCAAACAACCAUUUGAUAAAUGUGAUUGAGGCCAAAGUGGAGCCAAAAGGAUGAUGAGUAUUGGAUCGUCAAUUGCCUAUAGAGAAGAGAGAUAAAUACUGACGUGUUGCUCACCACCCAAAUAAAACAUGGUGCAAAUAAAUGUGCUAUAUCAACAUAGAUGGGUGUUUGACCCAGAAUAAAAUGAGCAAAUGUAAGUUUAAGGAGUAAGGAUUUUAAAGCAUCAACAUCUCAGCACAAAAAAUCAGCUUACAGCUUGUCGUUACACAAUCCAACUGGUAUUUUUAUGAUAUGUCCCCUCCCUGACAGAGCCAAGCAAUUUUAAGGACUUUUGGGUGGCCAGUCAGGUCACAAAGGGGGCCUGUUCCACCCCUAGCCACCCCUUUGGACAUGCCCCUGGCUGUCAUAAUAAGACUGUGUAAAAUCAUCAGUUUUGGUUUGGUUAUUCUGAGGGCUACCACAUGAUUUUGGGUAAAUUAAAUUCUUACUCAUCUAUCACUUGUAUCUUUAUAAAAUUGUAUUUUUUUUAGGUAGUUCAGGUUUUUCUGAUGUAAAAAAUGAGUUGCAUCUUUUCAAAAGGGCUUUUGAGAGGCAGAAAGUUUGACAGCUUUGUCCUUGCCUGGUGUUGAGCGGAAUAAAAUAAUAAGAUAGAUAAGAUUAGAUCAGAUAAAACUUUAUUUUUUCCAGAGUCGUCAUACUAAAUUAAACUUGCCUAACCGGCUCUUUAUAUUUGACUCACCUUGGUUUGGACUGAGCUGUGUGGUUUUAUCUUUAGGCAAAAAUUGACAUCAAAUUUGGCCCGAGGCAAUGCAGUAAUUGGCGGCAAUGUGUCAAUAAGCAGUCCCCCUUUUGCAGGCCACAGACUUAUGGGAGCACAUUAGCUCUACUUUUGCAGUAAACAGGCUGCAGUUCAGCCCAUGAGGCUCCAAACGUUGCCAAAUUUAGCAGAUUGCUAUGGUUUUCCCAGUGUGACAUUUCUAAACAAGCCUCAUUAUGACCGCCAUAUGGUUUCUUCAUGGUUUCGCACAUCUGCCUCUGCAGUACAUCAGUGGAAAUUCACGUCACAAAUACAACCCAGACACUCCUCCUCGGGCCUAAAUACACAAACUCCUCCAGGUCCAGGACAUCAUCGGACACAAUCAGUAUUCUUGGGGCGCAGCCUAACAAGAGGUUUUACAAAACGCAUCACCCCUGAGGAGAGAUUGGUGUAAAGUAUUCAUAGUACUACUCAGCAAACUCUGAAUUACUUGUCAAAACUUAUCAUGCAGAGCGGUGGAGCUAUAAGAAGGUGCUGGAAUGUGGCUCUGUGGUUCUCAAUUACAGCAGGACAAAGGCUUAUAGUGUGGUGACAUAUUGUGAGAAGGAGAAGUGCAGCAGACCAAAGCCUUUGUGACAUGAGGGACACAGCAGUGCAUAAAAUUGUAAUUCAUUUUCAGAGUGUUGGUAAGCCUUUCAAAUGGAAUUCAAAUCAGCAUGGGCUUUUCUCUGGUUUGCUCUUUUGCAGAGAGGAAGAAGGAAAGAGGGAGAAAAGCCCUGUUCGUGAUGGUUGAUAGAGGGCUGUGGAAGCAGCGAAUCAUCCACAUCCCUUCGGUCACCAGCACCAGAAUCAGAGGCGCAGAUGGAGAAGAUUCAAGCUUCCACAUAAAUGUUCUUGAAUAAACAACACAAACUUAGUGGCAGGAAUUUUGGGGGGAUGACUGCAAUGUUUUCUCAACAUGAUGAAAGUCAACAAACUCAGUCUGCUCUGGGCUGCAGUAUGACUCACUCUGUUUAACUGUGUCUCCUCCACGGACAAACUUUUCCUCAAGUGGACAUAUGGGGGGAAGCUGAUCAGCACACACACACACACACACACACACACACACACACACACACACACACACACACACACACACACACACACACACACACACACACACGCCUCAUCAAAAAUAGGUUUAACUCAGUCAAGAUAAGAUGGCUGACCUUUAAUUCCUAUAAACUGCCACGAAAACUUGCCUCCCUCAAAUGACACUGACAUAAAAGCAGAAACCAGCUUCACUGGAUUUAAAUCUCUUUUAACCGAUCCUGGUCUUGACUUUGAAAACAGAUCAAACAGAGUUAUGAAGCUCCACGACACUCAGACUUACACUUGUGUGUGGGCGGCUUUAAACAUCAUGCAUGAUCCAGCAGACGGAGCUACAGCUCUUAUUAAAAAAGCACACACUGCAGAUGCACAGCAAGGUCACAUACUGGACCUGGUGUCGUGGCUCUGACACAGAUACCAGUAUACAUAAAACAGAGGAUACCACAAGCAUGUAUGUGAGCAUCAAACUCACAAUUAAAGUAUAAAACAGGCAUGUAUAGGUUUGUAUGGUGGCCAUGAAGGUCAGUGAUACCAAAAUUGCUGGAAGGCCAAAUUUAAAUUUUUAAAACACAAAAACAUUUAAUUAAACACACAUAUAAUUGAAUAAAAUCAAACACUAUUACAUUUAAACUCACACUCCAACUUUUGUUUUUUUUGUUUUUUUAACCAUUUAAAGUGUUUUCAGUGGUCUUUUAAAUUUGAUGAUGAAGCUUGUAGUCAAAAUCACGUUACCUGUGACAUUGUUAAGGACUUUCCUUCUGCAGAGCUCCAAGUAGCUCAUUAGCUGAGUCAUGGGCGGAGACAGCGCUGCUCUUCACACUCCUCUUCACACUCCUCUUCACACUCCUCUUCAUGCUAGCUUGUAGCCUAACGUUGCCGUUGUAGUGGUAGAAGCAGGUCACAUAGGAGCUAUUCAGCUCUUGGACACUGAUGUCUUUAGGGACAUAAUGAAAGUUAAUAUCAUAAUUAGCUUUUUUACAAGCAUUGCAGUCCGCUAACACACACAUUUUUUCUGUGAUUGUCACCUUUACUUCUCGGAGUCUGGCCUGAAUAACGGGGGCUCUGGGGGUGGAGCAUGGAUUUGUGAUGUAGGAAAUCUCACUGUGUCUAAACUUAUUGCUUGGGUCUGCCAGAGAUUUACAGCGAUCUGAGUGCAAAAAAAUACUCGGAAAUGUAACUUCACAUUUAUUUUUCCCAUGAUAUGUCCUCUAUCAUCUGACAAAUGCCAUAUUAACAUAUAGAAUACAAGAAAAACAUGGUUUCCAUUGGAGUGGGUCUUUGAACAAUUUUAAACACUAAACAACAAAUGUAUUUUGAAAACACAACAUGUUUUAGUGCUCAGGGGUAUUUUGGCCUGACUCUAAUGCUCAAGACUCCGGAAAUUCAAAGGAACUGAAAGAAUAAAGCAAGGCCAGACUGACUAAAUGAACUUCCUGGAGAAUCACAAAAUUGCCGGCUGUCUAGGGUUGCUGGCAGUUGCCAUGUUUGCCUCUCUUUGCUAGUUUGUUUUCCAGCUGUUCACCUUAGUACUUUCAUUUCCCGUGUGUCGGUGUUGAGGUGGAACAAAUCACUGCAGAUAAAAUGUUUCAGCCCCUCGCCAUUAACCAACACAUCACAGGCAAAGUGCAGAUUAGUUAUGUUCCAGUUCAGGAGCAACAUCCUCCUCUGAA